ACAGCAGGAACUAUGUCUGAAUAUUACCAAGAUCCCGAGCUGGGCUUUCCGCAGAAAGAUUACGAUGAGGACCACAGCAGCCAGGUGUAUCCUGUCACCCUGUCCUGGAAGAACUGCAACGUCUUUGCUUUACCGAAAAGAAAGCCAUGCUGUCUCUGUAACAAGGGGGACGUGGAGCCCAAAAGAAUUCUAACAAAUGUUAGUGGAAUAAUAAAACCCGGCAGACUUACAGCUGUUAUGGGAGCAAGUGGUGCUGGGAAGACUACGUUGAUGAACAUGCUGACGUUUAGAAACAGAGGAUCACUAGUCAUUCAGGGGGAUAUAAAAGUUAAUGGCGUACUGAUGGAGAAAGAGAAAAUGGCUAAUCUGUCGGCUUAUGUUCAGCAAGAUGACCUGUUCAUUGGAACCAUGACUGUUCGUGAACAUCUCGUGUUUAGAGCAAUGCUAAAAAUGGACGGACGAACUUCAACAGCCGAAAAACGUCAACGCGUAGAAAAAGUAAUACAAGAGCUUGGUCUCACUAAAUGCGCGGAUACACUGAUUGGAGUCCCAGGAAAAGUAAAGGGAAUUUCUGGUGGAGAAGUGAAGAGACUUUCUUUUGCAUCCGAGAUGAUAACAAAUCCCCCUUUGAUGUUUUGUGACGAGGUUACUUCCGGUUUGGAUUCGUUCAUGGCUCAAAGCGUGGUGCAGUCCCUAAAAACAAUGGUUCAUACCGGACAUACGAUUAUGUGCACCGUCCACCAACCCUCUUCUGAAGUGUUUGAAUUAUUUGACGAAAUUAUACUCAUGGCCGAAGGAAAAGUGGCAUUCUCGGGACCUGUUACACAUGCCCUGGAUUUCUUCAAAAACAUUGGACAUCCAUGUCCAGUAAACUAUAACCCAGCCAAUCAUUUUAUACUCACACUUGCAAUAGUUCCUGGAUAUGAAACUGAUUGUAAGGGACGGGUCGAGAAAAUUUGUGACUUCUACAAUAGCAACGUUACAGCAUCCAAAAAAGUCGAUCAUUACGAGCAGAGCAUGGAUCCGUAUGAAAGAAGAAUCUCAGAAAAAGUUCUGGAAGAAUCCAUCCAAUCGUUAUCGAGUAGUGGGCCAUCAUACUUUCAACAGCUGAGGUGCGUCAUGUGGAGAACGUGGAUAACGACCGUACGAGAACCCAUGCUAGUCAAAAUAAAAUUCAUCCAAACACUAAUUAUCGCGUUGUUCAUUGGACUGGUAUAUCUAAAGACGACCAAUGACUACCAUCAAGAGGAUAUUAUGAAUAUAAACGGAGUUAUCUUUCUUCUCAUCAUCAGCUUUACAUACAACAGCUUGUUUCCCGUCCUAAAUGUUUUCCCGAAAGAAAUCCCUGUAUUUCUCAGAGAGCACGGAACAGGUUUAUACAGAGUGGAUGUGUAUUAUAUCACCAAAAUGCUUGUCGAGAUUCCAUUCAUCGUCACGAACUCUGCGAUGAUCAUCGCCAUUGUGUACUGGAUGAGUGGCCUGGAACACGAUAUUUACGCCUAUGUGAACGCAACCAUCAUCUCAAUCCUGACGUCAGCUGCAGCGUCAUCGUUCGGGUAUACAAUCUCUGCGGCGUCGCCCUCUGUUACCAUAGCUCUGACACUGGGACCACUAUUGAUGACGCCAUUUCUUCUUUUCGGAGGAUAUUUUCUUAAUAACGGGAGUGUGCCAGUUUAUUUUCUAUGGAUCAAGUAUACAUCGUGGUUUUUAUACAGCAAUGAGCUGAUGAUUACAAAUCAGUGGAGAGACAUCAGUCACAUCAGUUGUGAUGAGAUGAAUUCUACUGUGUGUAUUCCGACAGGGAAAUUAGUCAUAGAGAGUCUCAACUAUGAAGAGAAAAAUUUCAACUUUGAUCUCGUCAUGCUAUGUACCAUCACCGUGGUGUACCGGAUUCUAGCGUUCAUCAUCUUACUGAUUAAAUCUAAGCUGUCCAGAUGUUAAGACCUGCUAACAACAGGGGUUCACGUACCUAAUCGAACAAGUUCUCCGCUCAAGGACAUUUGUCAGUAACAAGACCAAUGGUAGCUGUGAUUAGUCUAAAGGAGUUCGCUGUCAUGUUAUUAUGGAACAGUGCAUUCGAAGAUAGACAAAGUUUUCGAUUAAGGAAAGGACUGUUUUAGUACAAAUGAAGUGAAAGCACGUGCAUAGUACCCUUGGUUUAAUAAUGAAGGGUAACUCUGUAUGCAGUUGUCUAUCAGCCGUGAUUCUAUUUCACUGGAUUUUCUUUAUAGUUGACACUAAUGGCAAUAGAUUUCUUCACCUUAGUCUUUCGCUGUUAUAUAUUUAUAUUUAUUUAGUUACGUUGAUGCCUUGUUAGUAUAUUUAUAGAUGUAUGGGGUAUCUUAUAUAUUUCCAAAUCAUGUUUAUUGAUAAUGAUCAUGUAGAAAAUUGUCACGUUAACAUUAGUACGUUUUUGUGACUCGUCAGAGGACUAUAAAUCCGAAUACUGUAUGUGUUUUAAAUUUAGCGGGAUUCAUAUUUUGGUGCAUUUGGCGAUGAAGCAGGAAUACUUAUUCAUGGCUGCACUAAAAUAUGAAAAUCUCUAUUUAUGCAGUAUCAAAGACAGAAAAGGCGGUAUAUUAUGAUAACGGCGAACAGGGUAUCGGUUCUGAUUGUGCCAAAUUUUAAGUACGAAAUUAAGUACACAUACAGUCUUGUAGAAGUCCCUAUUUACUGAUUUGUCUUGUCCUGUUUGUUGUGUUAUCAAAUAAAAUUGAGAAAACUAUG